GUGGGGUUUACACGUGGGGAGCGUUGAUUGGGUAUAUUCGUCACGUGAUUUAUCUAUUGCGUCAUAGUCUAUAAGAGCAGAAAAACAUAAACCGAGAACUCAACUAAACUCCUCAACAAAAGACAAAUCGUGAAGGCCUGAACUAAAAGCUUCUGAUAUGGAGACGCCAGCAGACUUCCCUGUCAGUGUGGCCUUGUCCGGUGGGCGCCGGCAAGAGGUGCGCGUCGGCCGCUCCACGACCUGGGACCAGUUCGUACAAAUGGUCCACCUGGCAUAUGGACUGCCAGCUGGUACAGUGAAAUACAUAGACGAAGAGGGAGACAAGAUCUCUUUGGACAGCGAGGCUGAGUUUAAAGAGGCAGUCAACGUUGGAUUCAAGUUGGGAAAAGCUCAAGUUGAGCGUUGCAGACAACAAGAGCUCUCCUGCAGCAAUGGGCAGAGGGGUCCAAGCUUCUAUUCUGUUUUCCCUCCUUGCCCUGCUCCCAUGCCCCCCUCCACCUCCCUCCAGGCAUAUCCACCCCAGAGAACUGACCCACAACAGACCCCACCACUACCCCCGAGAACGAUUCUCAGAGCCCCGAGAACCGACAACAGACAGCAGCGGGGCGGCGGCUACUACUCUCAACUAGCUCGAGUCGUCGGAGAAGACAAGGCAAAGGCAGACACACCAGCUCCCACCACCACCACCACCAGCACCACCAACAACAACCCUUACAUUUCAACCUUUGUUCGCAGCAUGUUGACCGAGGCAGACAAGAAGGGAACGUCUCCCUCGAGCAAAAGUGUGCCCAACACCCAGCCGUCUGCCACUCAAGGAACAGAGAAAACCGGCAGCAACCCUUACGUGUCCAGCUUCAUUCGCAGCGUGUCCCAGGAAGGAGGGAGUUGUCUGGCUACUGCCUCUCCAGCUAAAAGUGGCUCCAAACGCCAACCGUCUACCGGCAUACGAGACAGCCCCAUCUCUGAGGGAGUCGACGACGGAUCAGCAGCCAAGAAACCCAGGUUCUAUGCAACCACCCGGACCAGAGGCUACAGAAAGGCUCUUAGAGAACCUCCAAGAGUCGAGAAAGUCUGCAAGGACGUGGAACGGAUGGAUAUAUCCUCGACGGGGAAUCCGUACGUUGACAGGUUUGUUCGUGGACUGAGCGAGCGUCCAGUUGGCCGUGAACUUUCGGCAAAGCGUGGGCUCUCGUCCUCCUCCCCCAAACUGCACCAGGUGUACAUGAACCCCUACGUCGCUGGAUUCUACAAAAGACGCUGUGUCUGUGAGGCCAGUCGACCCAACAUCUACGUCGCCCAACUCCACCGCAGUCUGUCUGAAGAUCAAAUUUCCAAGAGAGCUCAUGAGGAUGUACAGACAAAAGUCCCCAAAGAAACGAAAAUGGAGAUGAGUGAAGACCCCGGCCUCCCACCAGAGACGGGACCGGUCCACUGUGGUAUCAUGUGUGACGGCUGCCGACAGUGCAUCAUCGGAGUCCGCUACAAGUGUGGAAACUGCAGGGACUAUGACCUGUGUGAGCGCUGUGAGCGGGCCUCGGACCAGAUCCAUUUCCCCGAGCACCUCUUUGUGAAGGUGAAGGUCCCGUGCCAGUGGCUGGGACGAGAUUCCUCCGGGUUUAUGAGACCUCUGCUUCCCUACGUCGCAUACUGCCCUCGUGACGACAUGAGUGAGGACCAGAUGCCUCUGCUGGGGUCGGAGGUCGGAGGUGGCGAGGUCAUAGUCCGCCCGAGGGAGAAACUGCGUGAGGAGAUAAAGGCCGCCAAGAGACGGAGGAAGGAGGAGAAGAGGAGACUCAAGGAGACCAAGCUUGAGAAACUCCAGAGGAGGAAGAACCAUGUCGAGGGGAAGACGACAGAGUUUGUGGUUCCAGCUGUGACCUUCGAGGCACCCAAAACCUCCAGUGAUACCACCCAGAAACCAGCCAAGUACUUGGAUUGCAAGCUGGUGACUGAAACGUGCUGUCCUCAUGGCAUGUCCAUUCCACCCGGAGUAAAGUUUGAAAAGGGGUGGAUUCUGAGGAACAACGGUACCAAAAAGUGGAAGCACACCACCCUCGUCCACCAGGGCGGCUACAGACCGGUGCGGUCCGAGGUGACCAUCCCGGAGAUAAAACCGGGGGAGAGCGUGGAGGUCAAGGUGCAGUACCCUCCAGUCAGCGCCAAGGAAGUCAUUCAACACAUUGAGAGCACCUGGAACCUCAUCCACAAGGAAUGCACUGCUUUUGGUCCCACUCUCGCCGUCUCUGUCAUCAUCGAGCCUCUCAGGACCACACCCCCUUCCGCCUCCCAUGCCCCUCCCACCACUGACACCCAGACUCCGCCCUCGUCGUCUGCUGCCAACGACGACCUCCAGCAGAGUAUCGGGUUUCUCCCGGACGACACCUCCAUCCCGUCGUACCCCGACUUUGAGGUGGUCCCUCUAAUCAGUGAGGAGAUCCCUGGUUACCCCCAGGAGGGGGCCGGAGAGGACUCUAUCCAGCCGGCGUUUGUGAUGGUGGAGAAUCCGUGUUCUGAGGUGAUGAGCCUGUCCUCCACCGACAGUCUCUACCACACCUCCAGCCAACCUCCUCCCCCUCCUCGUGAUGGUGAUGGUGUGUUGACCCCUCCUGCUGCUUGUGAUAGCGAAGAAGAGACGGACAAGGAGAGCGGAGAUAGUGAAGGGUCUGACUCUGAGGAUGACUUUGUGGUGGUCAUCCCAGACUGUUUCAACCUGGACAUCCCUCUCUCCUCCCACUCUGCACCACACUCCGUGACACACUCUCGCGGUGACUUUGACCUCACGGGCACCUCACCCGGCCCCGCCCCCACCACCGCCACUGCUGCCGAUGAUGUAAUGACGAGGUCGUCAGACUCCACUCCAUCCCCGUUCCAGCCGCCGGUCCCACACGUGGACCCCGGACAGCAAACUCCACCCACCGCUGCCGUACCCAAGACGACAGGGGCUAGCCCACAGACGGAGCGACGUCAGUUUGUUCCUUCACGGGUGACCCUGCGUGAGGUGAAGGACGCGAGGAUCAGGAAUCCGCUGACGAUGGCCACCGGGCUGGUGAACACUGUCACUGACCUGGUGGAGGGGCUGACUCUGGCGGGGAAGAAGAGAGAAGGGAGGAGGGGGGAGGAGGGGGGACAGCAGCACUGUCACCCACCACCAGUACCAGACGAGGAAGAAGAGGAGAGAUUUGUGGAUUGCCCAGAGCCAUCAGCUCCCCCGGCAGGAGACCCAGCAGAGGAGAUGGCCGACCCAGCCGAGGGUGAGACUGGGAGUCCCUGUUCACGUCGUGGCAGCAGUGUCUCCCUAUGUGUCACCACGUGGCUCCAACCCACCAGCACCGACGUCGCCCAGUUUGUCCGCAGCAACAGCCAGAACGAGGAAGAGUUAAGGGGGAUGAUGGAGCGAGAGUGGAAGGCCCCAGACCUGCCCGAUGACCCGGUGGAGAGACUGGUGGCCAUGGCAUAGUGCGGUAACAGUGAACAAUAUACAGGCAGCAGUGCUGUGAGAAACACAACUACCAACUCCAGGCGGUGACUGAACGAGUUGACUGGAGGUCUCCAGACAGCAACGUGGAGACACAAAGAGACAACACUGUGCCUCAACCAGCACUGAACCUGACAUCUUGCACUCUCUCACCCACCAAAUGAACAAGACUCCUACUCUAAUUGCUGUUGAACUACAAUGUGUUUUUGCCUUGCUGUUGUAGAUUCGAAGGACGCUAUUAUCUAAUCGUGCAGAACUUUAAGCUAUACCAACUUGUCUUCUGUAAAUCAUUGUAUGUAUUUUAUGUAUUUUAAUGUUGAACGCUGAACGCUGAAACUCAAAACAUGUCGAGAGGGAGCAGUGCAUGCUGCUGUGCUGAACUAGCUUCCUCUAACUCCACCAGAACUCCACCACAGUCUUUGGGAUGUAGGAACACCACCGGCUUCCCAUGGGCUCCUAUCAUGUGUUCAGGGGUGAGGGUUCUGAUCUUCCCCUGGAGACUUUGAAUUGCCUUCUUGAUGUCAUCUACCUCUAGACAGAUGUGGUGCAUCCCUCCUCCUGGUUUCUUGUCUAGGAAACCUUGGAUGGGGCUCUUCUCGCCCAAUGGAUGGAGCAGCUCCAACUUGGUGUUGUCCAGUUUGACAAAGACAGUGUAGACUCCGUGAUCUGGCAGAGGCUGGA